UACCGUCCUAGCUCAAUCCCGAAACCCUCGCUCCCGGAUUCCAUGUCGUCCUCGCCGCCAGCGCCCGUUAUGGAGGACAUGGAGGUGGAGGCGGAGACGGUGCACGGCGAGGCGACGCGUCCACCACCCACCGCCACCGUGGAGACCGGCACCGGGGCUGUCGUUGGAAGUCCAGCGGCGAACCACACCGAGAUGUCGCCGUCUACCCACGACCACGAGGAGGAAGGUGAUGAUGGCGUCGAUUACUCCAGCGAGGCGGGAGGUGCACAGAGCGCAGAGUUUGAGGCUGCAGUAAAGGCUUUGUGGCACGAGGUUAUCAACGUCGAGGAGAAGCCGUCGGCGGGGAACACAUGUUCAGUCUGUAUGGAACCCUGGACCUGCGAAGGUCUUCACCGCAUCUGUUGCAUUCCUUGUGGACAUGUGUACGGCAGAUCUUGUCUGGAGAAGUGGCUGCACGAGAACGCCAAGUGCCCUCAAUGUAAGCUGCAGUUUGAGGACAAGCUUAUUAUCAACCUGUAUACGCCAGCAAAUUUUGGGGACGGUUGCGGCACCAUACAGGAAGUGAAAGUUUAUGUUAGUAAGGCGAUGGCUGAAGUGGCGGCAUACUAUGACAGACGGUUGGAGUCAGAGAUCGCCAGGCUCGAGGCAGAACAGAGGUUGUUUAAUCAGGCAACGCGCCAGCAAUUGGAGUCAACUAACUCUUAUGUGGAACAGAUGCAUGCUCAGAUCAAGGCCUUGCAAGCUGGGUUGUUGGUGAAGGGGCAGCUGAGCUGCCAAGCCGUUGCCGCCGCCUCUGAAGCCAGCAGAGUUGUGGAAGGAAGAGGCACGGGGUUAGCAGAACCGGGGGAUGCGGAUCAUCAAUCCGAAUAAGCGCUUAUAUAUACUCCAGGGAAUGUGCCCAUGGCCUGCCGCUACCUGGCUCCUUCAGAUAAGAGCAAACCGCCCUCUCCUCUUCUUUCGUGAUAGAUGGCUUUCUCUCCCACGUGUAGAAACUAGAAACAACUACAGUACUAAGUUAAAAAGAGGGUCUCCCUCAGAAACUUCAUGCAAGUGU